UUUAGCAUGGGUUUGAUCAUCAUCCUCUUCCUUACUCUGCUUGCAAGAACAAAGCCAGAAAACCAGACAUGCAAAGUGAUCGAAAAGGCAGAAUUAAUGGAGUUUUCCAAAGAGGGAGAUCUGAAUAUUGCGGGAGUUUUCUCUAUAACAAGUACAAGAACAUUGGUAGAUAACGACUACCAGGCAAUUCCGUAUUCUUACUGCAAAGGAUAUAACCACAGAGAGCUGAAGUUUGCAAGAACAAUGAUUUUUACUGUGGAGGAGAUCAACAGGGAUCCUUCCCUCCUCCCUGGAUUAAGGUUGGGUUACAAGGUGUACAAUGGAUGUGGGACCGAAAACCUGAUCCGAGCAGCUAUUGAAGCCAUAAAUGGAAAUGAUCCACUGGCCUGCGGCGGUCAGACGUUGGCUGUCUUAGGUCAUUCAUCCUCUGGUUUGAGUAGCGACAUAAACACCAUUAUCAGUGCAGUGUCUGUGCCACAGAUCAGUCACCUGUCUACGUGCGCUUGCUUAAGUGACAAAGUUCGAUACCCAACGUUCUUCAGAACUGUACCAAGUGACAAAUUUCAGAUCACAGCUCUGGUGCAACUUAUGAAAUACUUCGACUGGCGAUGGGUGGGAAUAAUUCAUUCUGUCGGUACGUACGCGGAAGAAGGUGCAUCUGAAUUUGUUAAAGAGGCACAAAAGGAAGGUGUAUGUGUGGAAUACACGAUGGUUUACCUGGAAACAUCCAAGUCAAGGUUAAGAACAAUAAUAGAGACUCUGAAGGAGUCCUCAUCCAAGGUGGUGUUAAUGUUUAUGCCCCUGUCUUUCGCCAAAACAUUUCUUUCUCAUAUGGAGAAGUAUAACAUAACUGGAAAGCAGUGGGUUGGCAGUGAAUCUUGGAUCUCAGCUAAAUACCUUGCUUCUGCAGAGAGAAAGCACAUUUUGCACGGGGCAAUAGGCUAUGCCAUUCCUCAGGCAUCCAUACCAGGCCUUGGAGAAUUCCUCCUUAGCUUGAAACCGUCUGAUGAACCACACAGUGCUCUCAUUAAAAAUAUCUGGGAGGAGUUCUUUGAUUGCAGCUUCACCCCAUCAAACACCUCCACGUUGUGUACCGGCGCAGAAGAUCUGCGGACCGUCUUGAGUGACUACACAGACGUAGCAAAAUUCAGAGAAGAAAAUAAUGUUUACACAGCUGUGUAUUCUGUAGCAUUUGCUCUGCAUCUGCUUUUGCAGUGCGAAAACGGCUUAAACCCUACAAUGGGAAAUCCGUGUCUGACCAAGGAUGAAGUCCAGCCUAAGUUAGUAAGUUUCAAGGACAUAUACUGAUGAAGAUCCUAAUUCAUUGCAUGUUUUGGAAGGGAGUGCUUGUGUAAUUUGUAAAAUUGUCUCUCUGAAGGUGUUUGAUGCCAUAAAGCGUAUAAACUUCACCACUAAAAAUGGGGCCAGAGUUUUCUUUGAUGAAAACGGUGACUCUAUUGCCAAGUACGACCUUGUGAACUGGCAGAUGAAAGAGGACGGUUCAGCAGACAUAGUCAUCAUUGGCCAGUUUGACAAUUCCUCACCAGAGGGGAAGAAACUGAAACUAAAAGACAAUGUAGAAAUAGUUUGGGGCGGCUAUAAUAAUGUGGUAACUAUGCAAAACUUUGUCACGAUACUGGAUAAUUUGAACAUUUUUAAUUUACUCUUAAGUUCCUUGCAUCCUGUUUAAAUGUAAUCAGGUGGUGAGGUCUGUCUGCAGAGAACCGUGUCCACCAGGGACUCGAAAGGCAGUAAACAAGAACAAGCCUGUGUGCUGCUUUGAUUGUUUUCAAUGUUCUGAAGGAACAAUUAGUAAU